ACGGCGCGGCAACUGCGUCAUGGCGGAUGAUCGCACUGACCUCGGUAAAAUAGCAGAACGCGUACGGUUUUCGGCAUCGACUCGCAGAACCCGUUUCUUCGCGCCGGCAGCCCGCAAGAUAAGUGCGCUUCAUUAAUUGGUGCAACGAGUGGUGAGCGCGACAAGUUUUGCAAACGAUAUAGGUGUCAUACGAGUCACCACCAAGGCGCCCCGUCGCAUCGCCAAUAUGGCGGAUGCAGAGCCACAACAACAAAACCUCAUGGUAGUUGGCGCGAGCGGGGGGCAGGGCGACGGCCCCUCGGUCGUAGACGGCAAAUUGGACGGCGACGCGACCCCGGCGCCUUCGACCGACGUCUCUACCGCUGACAUCCUGCAGCAGGCGUUCCAGGAGGCCUCGGCGGGAGGCGAGUACGACGAUCAGGUGGUAACGUACGCGCCCGAAGCUGACGGCGUCGCGCUGCAGCCCCACGGUGGCGAAGGAGACCUCGCGGACGGCAAUUUGCGCCAGGAGGCCGGCGAAGAUGCUCAGAUCGUCGACAAGACAGCCCUAGCCGCCGCCGUGGACGGCGACGUGGCCACAGGGGCCCACGAUCCGGCCACUGUCAACAGUUCGGCGGGAAGCGACGUGUCUCCCGUACUAGCCGCGCAGGACUUGGCGGCGGACGCGGUUGAAGGCGCGGAAGGUGCCGCGCCCGUCGAAGCCGCCGCCGAGAACGGAGAGCUGUUGCCCGAGAACGGUGGUGGCGGCGUCGAGGGGGUCGCCUCCGCUGGCGGGACCGAGGAAGCGGCCGAGGCGAUGGCUGUGGACGCCGGAGAGCCGUCGCCAGUUCAGCAACAUGACGGCGAGAUGGGGACAGCGCCGGACGAACGCGCACCCGUCGAGGACGACGCCGCUUCGGUGGCUGCCAGUGCUGUCGACGACGACGACGAAGAGAGCGUCGAUGCCGGUGGUCCCAUCACGAUUCAGGCGCCAGUCGCGCCCGCGUCGUCGCAGCCGAAGCAGAGUACGGCGCCCCUGGGAUCGUCGGAGAACCCGAUACAGAUCAUUCAGCAGGGCAACACGUACCACUCGACGCAGGUGCUGUCGUCCGAGCAGCUACAGCAGAUCGCCCACGUGCUGCAGCAACAGCAGGUUAAUCGGGCCAUCCAGAAUGGCGGCUCCGCGGUGGUGUUCAACCCGCAGACCAACACUCGCAUCAUCUACCGGGUCAUCUACCCGUCGGAGCUGGGCAAGCAGACGACCUCGCGGCCCACGACCACGCGGGGUCGGGGUUCGUACUCGGGUCGAGGUAGGGGUCGGCCGCGUGGCCGGGGUCUCGCCAGGCGGGUCGUGGAGGAAGACGACCCGCGUAGCGAAGGGCCUGAGCUCUCACGCGAGGAGAAGGAAGAGAAGAAGAAGCAUCGGCCACGUACACGUUCAGGCCGCAUCUCCAAGCCGCCCUCGUACAUGGUCAAGGACUACAAGCGCAUCCACCAUCUGGAUUUCGACGAUGAGCCGUACGACGACUCAGACGGUGGCUACUCUGAUUACCAGGUCAGCGACGACGAGGAUCGCAAUCGGCGUUCCACCGGUUAUGGUGGGAGGCCGCGAAACUUCAAGUGUCCGACCUGCUCCAAGUCCUACAUCGGUCGGGGCGGCCUGUGCCGGCACCUCAGGCUCUACCCAGACCACGGAAACCCCUCGGAUGUUGACGAGAUGGUCGCCCAAGCAGGCGAGAGCACCAGUACGACCGACACUCCUCCGACGAGCGGCAGCAACAACCCAGCCAUGUACAUGGCGGCACCGCAACGGGGUCGCUAUGCCGACCUGGCCUCGAUGCGCCGGAAAGCUCGGCUCAAAGAGGUGACCAAAGCUUGUCGAGAGGAGGAGCUGAUGGAAGUGGUCCUGCCGCGUCUUGCAGAGUCUGUCUCUCUUUGGGAAUUUUUGCUUACCAAGUGUGAGAAGGGAGACCCGCCUCAGUUGCAGAUCCCAGAGAUGCUGAUUCAGCUGGAAGAAGUGUUGCGUGAGAUGCGGGCAUUGAGCCAGGAGAGCCUGGUGCCAGUCGAACCCGGUGACGAGGCGGCCCACAUGGGAAGCCAACUCAUGAAGAUUGAAGACGAGAGCGUGGCCCAAGCAAUAGGCAUCACAACCGGCCUGUACGCCAUUCAUGAAGAGGAGGCCGUCGCGAAGGUGGUGCCUGUAGCUCGCAAACGGCCGCGUGUCGAGUCGGAAAGCAGCCAGAGCCAGCCCGUUACCAAAAUGGAGGCCUCCAGCGAGGCCACCAGCACAGGAGCCAGUGGCGUGGAGUUUGUCACGCCAGAGGAGAUGGUGGCUGCGCUGCAUGGGGAGCCACUGCCGCCCAACAAGCGGAUACGACUGGACGAUGAGGACGCGUUUGUUGUGCUCACGGGCACCGGUGUGGACAGCGAGGCGGCGAAGGUAGACGGCAUCAUCGAGGCCACGCUGAACAGUGACAGCCUGUCAGAAAACAUGCUAGAAAACCUCGAGUUUGCGAACCUGCCCGUGACGGACGAUGCCGUGACCAACGGCAACGACGAGGACGCCCAGUCUGCAACCCCAGUGCCAGUCACAGCGGUCACCGCCACGGCCGCAGCGGCACCCGCAACGACUGCGGUCACGGCAACGUUGAGCGGCCACCAGGAGACCUUUCAGUUCAUCCAGCAGGCUGGCAAGUCACAGCUGCACAAGGUGCAGGUCCUGCCUGGCCAGUCGCUAUUGAACCGUAACUUUGUCCGGGUGGUGACCUCAUCCGAGAGCUCUCCGCCGCCACCAGCAGCCGAGGUGUCGCCGGCCGCGGCAGCGCCAGUCACCAUUACCAAAGUCGAGUCGGUGACUCCACCCGAGGCCACAGAGGUGGCCGACGCCAUCCUUCCGGCCGAACCAGAAGAGGAGCCGCAAGCCAUCGCAUUAAGUCAAAAGCAGCCGGACGUCCAGGUUGUCGAGAGUCACGGAAACGACGACUCUCAACAUGAAAUCACCCAGAUGGUCUGCGCGGACGACGGAGAAGCCGUCAACGGCGCCGUUGCGGUGGCACAGCCUGUCAUACGGCAGUACAUGCUCCCCGAUGGCCAGAUCGUGAGCGCCUACGAGGAUGCCGAGGGCAGUCUGGUGCAGCUGGAGACUCCCGAGGAGGAACAGACAACUGCGCUGGGCAACGUGGUCAUCGUGCAGAACCCCGACGGGACCACCACUCUCCAAGUUCCCAAUGACGGCAGCAUCCCCAUCGAAACAGUCCAGGCACUUCUGGCCAUGGACCAGUCAGCCAUGGUGGUGCACACGCAAGACGGAGGCAUCGAGACGGCUUGAGCCGGCUUGGGAUCGGAUUGACGCUUUAGGUGCCAUGUGGGAAAAUGAACUUUUGGGCUCGGAAAGCGAACUUGCCCGACACCAGAUCUGUGCCACAAAGACGAAGUGUGCAACGAGCAAGGUCGUAAAUUUUUUUCUGAAAUCACGCAUUGGCCCCGCAGUCCGGAGGCAGGUGCGAGGAAGAUGCUUAUUCGGCGCAAUGAACUGUGUCACAGCACCAUGUGGCGACAGAGGUUACUGUGCCGUGCGACAAGCUGUGCAAACAACACAAUGCAGUGUGCAGUAAUGUGCACGGUGGUGACAAUACGUCGGGGUAACGCACUUCUUCUUAACAUUUGUUUUUCUUUGUUAGUGUGUCCCUGAUGCAAGCAGCGUCAUAUCAAUUCUGCUUGAAAAUAAUACAUUUGUUGGGUCGGGGAGAGAGAACUUUUCUUGUUUACAUACUUUUCCUAAAUAGUUUUACAGUGACUCUUCCUUCUUUUUUUUUUCUGAGUGUGUAUACAAAAUAGAAUUUUCUGAAAUUUUUUUGUAGCAAAGUGGCUGGCAAGCAAUACCAGCUGCAAGAAUUGUAAAAAAAAAAAAAAAAAAAAAACAAUUACUGCGUACUGGACGAGUGUAGCACCCAGCUACGUAAACCACUGGCUUCCGAGAUGAGAGGCCAGGCUAUUCUUUUUGCUUUAUCGCACCUUUACAUAGACAGCAAAUGCACGCGUGUACAAAAGGUCUCGUCUGCUUUGCACAUUUUUUUUUUUUUAUGUUCUGCACGAGCCAGGCGAUGCACGGCCUGAAGAAACAAAAGAGGGCUCCUUGUUGAUCCAUCUUGUUUUUUGUCUGUGACUGUCGCGCGCGUCCAUAUAUUCAUAUGUACAGUCCACCCAUUCAUUGUCAGCAGUGUUUACUACUACAUUGGCAUUGCAUACCGAGUGACGACAUUGUUACCGGUCUUCAAGCCAGUCUCGACCAGCCUCCCCACAUUCGUUCUCUUUUCUUUUAUAGUUUGCAGAAAGUCGAUGUGUAUAUAACCAGUUCCAGCUCUACCGCGCAGUGGCUUUUCGAAAACUACCAUGGUGGAGGUACAACGGAGGUCCGAAGGAAUGUGGGAGAGCGUUUUUAAGUCGCAGGAGCGGUGACUUCGACGACAACGCGAUUUCUUUCUCUCUACCCUGGCAAGUACAAUUUGAGCGUCACAUGCGUUGCGGGAAAUAAAGAAAAGCGCGAAUGGCAUGGACAGGACAUUUGAAAGCUUGCACUUCUGGAAGUUUGACGCCGCGAUGCGCAUACGCGUAGAGCGCGGGCGUGAGCGAAGUCGGCGUUGCCAACACGCGUGGCAGGAGGUUUGGCGAGUGCUAUUGGACUGAAGGACUUGUACAUAGGCCUAGCACUUCAAACGCUUCUCGUAUCUCUAUAUGUGUUGCCCAGCCUUGCCCAACAAUAGGGAAGGUUUUUGCUUAGCUGUUAUAAUGUCUUGUGUGCUUCGCUGUGGAGCACGGUGCACCAGCUUCAAUCUUUUUUUUUUUUUCCCCUUUCAUCGUCACUUUUGGCAAAAAAAAAAAACGGCGACGGUCUGCAUGGUGAGGCCUGCGCUGUCGCAUCAAUCUACUUGUAGAUACCAGUGAAAAAUUAUCUUUGUCGAUCUGUGGUUUUGUCUCCUGAAAGUGGCGUUUUUGGAUAUAAUAAAUGUUCUUUGAACCAGAUGAAA